AUGUCAAACAGUGAAGGUGCUGGACUUAAAUUAAUAGAAGUGCUUACAGAAUUAGAAAAUUUUGCGCCUAAACAACUAUCAGAAAGUUGGGAUAAUACGGGGCUGUUACUACAGCCUUAUACUCAAAGACAAAUAACCAAAAUUCUGUUAACAAAUGAUUUGACCGAAAAUGUAGCUUUAGAAGCUAAAAAGAGUGGAUGUGAAAUGAUCAUUUCUUACCAUCCACCAAUAUUUGCUCCUUUAAAAUCUAUUGUUCAAAGUUCAUGGAAAGAACGCAUAGUUUCUUUUUUAUUAGAGAACCGUAUAUCUCUGUAUUCACCUCAUACCAGUUGGGAUAGCGUACAAGGAGGUGUAAACGAUUGGCUAGCAUCAGCUUUCCCUUUCUCAGAAGCCACUCCCAUCAUACCAGGUGUAGACCCUAACACAGGUGCUGGAAGGUUGUUAAAACUAAAAACGGGCAUAACUUUAGAUGAUGCCGUGACUAGUGUGAAGCAAAUUACUGGACUAAAACAUGUGCGUUUAGCUCUCGGCAACGGCAAAAGUAUAAAGGACAUUAUUCAAACUGUAGCACUUUGUGCUGGAUCUGGAGGGUCAGUUUUAAAAAAUGUAGUGAACGGAGACCUUUUCUUAACAGGAGAGAUGCUUCACCAUGAUGUGUUAGAUGCGGCGCAGAGAGGAAUAUCCGUCAUUUUGACUAAUCAUUCCGAUUCCGAAAGAGGAUUUUUACGCGGUUUUUCUUCAAUACUUCAAGAUAAAUUAAACAAUCGGAUACAGGUUUUAGUUAGUGAGUGUGAUAAGGAUCCUCUGAUAACUGUUUAA